UCUGCUGUCUAGUUUUGUCGAUGUUUAAUUGAGGUUAUGAGUCGCCCGCUAGAGAAUAUUACUGCAAUGAAUCCGAGUGAUUUUAAGGAAACUUCGUGUAGGCUUUGCCUUAAAAAUAUAACAGAAGAAAGCUUCGAAGUAAUAGACGAUGCUACGAGAGAUAUUCUAGAUGUUUUUUUGCUGAAAAUAAAAUUUGGUGACGGAAGCAAAGUAAUAUGUAAUGCUUGUAGAGGAAAACUGAAUGCAGCGUUAGAAUUUAAAACAAUGUGUGGGAAUACUGAUAACACAAUUAUUUCGUAUAUGGAUUGCGAGAAAAUGUUACAGCUAGAUUUAAGAGAAGUUUAUAUGAAAGAAAAGGCAAGCGAACAGUUAACUGAUGUUUCGUACGAUCAAAAAAUAUGUCGAUUGUGUAUGCAACCAGCAGAUAGUGAAUUUAGAUGUAUACUUGAAGAGGAACUCGAUAUUAUUGAGAAAUUCAUUCCGGAAAUG